AAAAAAUUUAUGAAAGUAUCUCCAAACUUUUCUUUAAAAUCUGUACAACUUAUACAAUUAGUAUUACGAAUAUACAGAUAAUGUAUCAUCUAUCAUUCCAUUAACUGAAUGGUGAAUGGGACAGACUGUGCACAUGAUCAUCAAAAUUGCACUCCGUCAAACCGUUAUCAUUUGAAAUUUCAUUGAAUUUUCCACUCUAAAUUUACAUCGCGAGGAUAUUUUUAUACACAAAUUAUUCUCUUUCUUUCUCUCCCGCUCGAGCACCAAUCAUCCACAAAAGUUUCAGAAUCUCCUCGCGCAAUAUCACGCGAAGAAUGACUUUGUGCAAAAACACAUGCGGAAAAUGACGAUAGUGAUGUAAACAAAAUAAUACACAAAAAGGCGAACAAAGUUCGUCACAUACGCUUACUACAUACAUAUACGAGAGUUAAGAAAAAGGUGGGAAAAUUUGUACAUAUCACCGUUUGAUGAUUGACCCUCACUCUCUGCAAUUUAAUGAUCAUCGGUUUGAUGAAGAGACGAGUUUUUCCUCGUGAUUUGUGCGUAAACAAAUCACAGUGUGCACUUUCACAGUCGUUUUGGGUGCAUCUGUAUCUGAAUCUCACUUUCGGUUCACUGAGAUAACUAGUUUUCAUCACCCAUUCAGCAGCCGGCGCGCAGGAUGAAGUCAAAGAAUACAUCGGCAAAUCUGGAGGCCAGUUUCGGUGUAAGGCUGCUAACAGCCGGAACUGCUGCCUGCAUCGCGGACUUUGCCACCUUUCCGCUGGACACGGCCAAGGUGCGCUUGCAGAUCCAGGGCGAGGGCCAGGUGAGGGUACCGCUGGCCACAGCCACGGCCAACGGAGCAACAGCGGUGGUCAAUUCCGGCGCGCCGACGCCUCAAUAUCGCGGCCUCGUCGGCACCGUCAGCACAAUUGUACGCCAGGAGGGCUUCAGGGCACUCUACAAUGGACUCUCUGCUGGCCUGCAGCGACAGAUGGCCUUUGCGUCCGUGCGCCUGGGCUGUUAUGACACCGUAAAGUUGCUCUAUCAGGGUGUGUUGCACGAGAAUCCUGAGGGUCUGCAAAUCUUCACUCGUGUGCUGGCGGGCCUGACCACGGGCGGCAUGGCUGUGAUGCUGGCACAGCCCACGGAUGUUGUAAAGGUGCGCUUCCAGGCGCAAAAUCGUACCACAGCCUCACCAACCGCCGUGCGUUAUCACAACACCAUGACGGCCUAUCGCACAAUUGGGCGCGAAGAGGGCGUGCGUGGACUGUGGAAGGGCACGCUGCCCAAUGUGGGUCGCAAUGCCAUUGUGAAUGUGGCGGAGAUCGUGUGCUAUGACAUCAUCAAGGAUUGCCUGCUUAAGUACACAUCGUUGGAGGAUAACAUUCCCUGUCACUUCACUGCCGCCGUAAUCGCGGGCUUCGCCACCACCGUGGCUGCUUCGCCAAUUGAUGUGGUGAAGACGCGCUACAUGAACUCAAAGCCCGGACAGUACCGUGGCGCCAUUGACUGUGCCAUUCAAAUGGGCAGAGGUGAGGGCGCGGCGGCAUUCUACAAGGGCUUCGUCCCAUCAUUCGCACGCCUCGUAUCUUGGAACAUCGUGCUGUGGAUCACGUAUGAGCAACUCAAGAUUCUCAUCUUUAAGCCGCCUCAAAAGCACGACUGACGAACUUCUCUUUGUACAA